GGAAAACUUCCAUAACUACUGGAUGGAUCACCAGAACUCCUUGACCAUAUAUGGACAUAUGCAAGUAAAAACCGAGAGUACGGAAUCAAUGGGAGCAUUCACCGUCACUAAAUUUGUCUUGAAAAACAGUCAGGUAAUUUUAUCACUAUGCCCUCAAAAACACUGCAUGGUUAAAUAAUUCGAUAGAUUAAAAGAUCUGUUCUCAUUGCAAAUAUUCUGGAAUCAUUGAAUUCAAAAGGCCGCUCCAGUCAGUCCAAGAUUACAGAUCAAUGCAGGAUGUGAAAUUUUUUGGCCAAAGUCAUUAACCAAGACUACCUUUUACAUUUUUUAAGGAAAGCGACGCAACGAAAGUAGUACGUCAUUUCCGCUUCACAAACUGGCCAGAUAAAGGAAUCCCGGAUGUGAAGGAAUUUGCCCAUUUCAUACGAAGUGCGGAUAAAGCGAGACUGGAAAGCCCGAAAUCCCCAAUUGUCGUUCAUUGCAAGUAAGUUAAAGUCUGAUUUUCAUAUAUCGCAAUUAGCCUU